AUGAAUCGUCCAGGUAACCGCUGGAGCUCGCGAGUGCCUGCUGAGAUGUUCACGUCGCGUGCAGGUCAACCGCCCCAGAGGCCACCGAGCCUCGCACCCAAUCCCGCCCUCGGCGGCCCCUACCGCGGGCCCUAUCCAGGCUAUGGCCUUCCUGCUCGGACCGUCAUGCCAGGCUACCCAGCGCUGCAGAACCACAGAGCAGGCCCCAACCUCAUCGCCCAGCCAUCCCCGAACCUGUUCCAACAACGCGGACAGAACUUCGCGUUCGCGUCCGGAGGCCUCCAGCAGUCGCAGUCGCAACAUACCGGCUCGGCUGCGCUAUCACACACGCCUAUACAGCAGUCCCAGCCUUCGAGCGCGUCGUCGACACUACCGCCGCACCUAGCGCAAUCCACUACGCCAAGCCUUGGGACAGCGCCAUCGGUCUCGUCGGCAAGUGAAGUAGGCCUUGACCCUAACGACUUCCCUGCGCUCGGUUCAACACCAGCGACAAACUCCAACUCGGCGUCAAAUACGAACGCAACGAGCUACGCAAGUCAGGCGGGGACAGGCGUGAUGGGUGCAGGGUCGAGUGGUGCACAAGCAGUGGCAGGCAAUGGAGGUAAUCAAGAACGAAACUUCGGACCAGACGACUUCCCUGCGCUAGGUGGACAGAACCAGACAUCGCAUCCAACGCAGCAGCAUACGUCGGAAGGCCAUCCACCCGGACUAAAUGGCUUCCAGCAACAAGCAGACCAGCAGCAUCGACAGAAUUUGUUGGGCUCAUUAGGGAGUGGCGCACAGACGCCUCUUGGGGGUGGCCAACAGCAGCCAGGCGUGCUAAAUUUGGGUGGACAGGCGAGGGGUGUACAUCCAGGUUUCCAGACACAGUCUGAUGCGGAGAAACAGCGAAACUAUGCGCUGAAACUCAAUCAGACGAACCAUGCUGCAGCUGCUGCGUGGAACUCCCCCAACGCGAACCCUAGCGCACAGCAACCGACCCCGCUCACGCCGAAUGCGCCCAACGGUGCCCACCAAAACCACACGGCGCAAUCACAGCAACAACAUCUCACCACGCCACCCGGUGUGCCACUGCCUGGAACGUUCUCGCAGCAACAACAACAACAACAACAGCCGCAUGCGCCGCAGCAAACGCUAGCAGUCCAGCAAACGCCAUACGUAGGCAAUGGAACAACAGGAGGGGACACCGCCCAGCAUCCAUCGCAAGGGCCCGCCCACGCGACGAGUGCAGUACCACAAACACCAGCGCAGCAAGUGCUCAUGUCGCCUGCAGAUCGGUGGGGGUUGCUAGGUCUUCUGGCGAUGAUUAAGACCGCGGAUCCGGAUCAAAACCUGCUGUCGGUUGGCACCGACCUGGGGACGAUGGGGUUGGACAUGCAGACACAAGGAAGUCUGUUCUCUACCUUCAUCACACCAUGGGCAGACUCGUCCGCUGCGCAUACGGUCGAGCCAGACUUCCAUCUACCGGCAUGUUAUAACGUGCAACCACCUCCGCCGGGCCCGAGCAAGGCGCAGGCAUUCAGCGACGAGACGCUCUUCUUCAUGUUCUACUCCUCGCCACGAGACGCACUCCAGGAGAUCGCGGCGCAAGAACUAUUUAACCGCAACUGGCGCUACCACAAAGAGAUGCGCAUGUGGCUAACGAAGGAGACGGGCACCGCGCCCUCGCAGAAGGUCGGCGGCGGUGAGCACGGCACGUACUCGUACUGGGACCCGGAGAACUGGGAGAAGGCGCGGAAGGAGAUGACCGUGCUCUACUCCGACCUCGAGGAGAAGCAGCAGCAAGUGUUCACGCCUGGCCAGGUGCUCCCGCUGAACCAGCCACAAGUGCCAAACGCACCCGCGCAGAGGAUGGCCACGUUGCAGGGCAUGGGCAUGGCCGCGAUGUAG